GAUACAUCAGUCAUACCAGGGAUUUUCUGCGCUCUCAAUCUCCUCUAAGCCCAAAAUGAAGAUCAUCUGUGGAUUAGUGUCCCUUAUUUAUUUGAUGGUGUGGACGGAGGCAGCACCGGUGACGAUGAUGUUGAGUGAUAAUGGCGAAUAUAUUUCCCCCAUCCAAGGACAAUGGAGUAGAAUUGCACGAUCGGAUCGAAGUUCUCUAGGGGGUGACUACGGUGGCGGUGAUUAUGGGGCUCAGGGUGGAUUCGAACCCUCGACGGGUCACUUGGGCGAUGGUGAACACGAUUUCUCACAAUAUGGACAGUUUACCCAUGAGGCACAGGACAGUCACGAUCUAGGCGGUCAUGAUUUCCACGUCGAUAAUCACGUGCAUUCUGUACCAAUAUCUGAGCACGUCGAGGUGACAAAACCGAUAACGAUACCCGUGUACAAAGAAAUCGGGAUUCCAGUGCCUCACCCGGUGAAAAUUCACAUACCACAUCCUGUGCCAGUGGAGGUGCCUCAACCGUAUCCCGUCCUGAUGCCAGUGUCACAGCCAGUGCCGAUCCAAAUCAUCAAGACCGUUGCAGUUCCUGUCGAGAAGAAGAUUCCGUAUCCCGUGGAGAAACACAUCCCCUUCCCAAUUGAAAAGCCAGUACCAAUCAAAAUCGAACGACACAUUCCCGUCCCCGUGGAAAAACCCUACCCCAUAAAAAUUCCAAUUUACAAAACAAUCCAUCAUCACGCCAAAUCCCAUCAUUAAAAACAACCCAGUAACAGUCAUUAACGACUCGUUACACAGUCUCAUUACGUUCAAUAAGUAAUAUUAAAGUUGUUGAUUUUUACUCUGAACUGUUACAUUUGUUGAUUACUUUAAAAUAAAUAAUGCCAAUUGAUGUAUCAAA